AUGAAUUAUAAGCCAGUACAGUUAUUCCACCCAAGUAGCUAUCAGGCAACUCAGCAUGCUGUGGGCCAGGACGAUAGCGAUAGCAAGCCCUCGCAGCAGCAGCUACAGACGCAAUUGCUCCAAUAUCAGCCAUUCGAGGUUAAGCACAGGAAGAGGACGUCGAAGCAUCAGUUUAAUGUCCUCGAGGAAACUUACCAGACGAAUCCAAAGCCAGCAGCCUUAAUUAGGAAAUCCUUGGCAGAGCAACUUGAAAUGACUCCAAGGGGCGUUCAGAUCUGGUUUCAGAAUAGAAGGGCAAAGGCCAAAGCCCAGGCCAAGAAGCAGGUCAAUGACGAUUUCGAGGUACAACCACAGCCACAGCAGCAACAGGCACAGGCACACAGUGACAGUGAUUCUACACCUGCACCAACGCUAACGCCCGCACCAACCAACAAUUCCCUUCAAAUUGACCCUCAGCCAAGUCAAAAUCUUCUCUAUCCAUCGCCCCUUCCAAGUCCUGCAUCCUCAAGCUUAAUACCGCCAUCUACAAGUCUAUCGCCAACAAGCCUGAUAUCUAAUCCAUUCUUUGAUACUCACUUUAACUUGGAUCCACUCAGUAACCCUAACAAUACGCAGUUUAGAAGGGGAUCUGCUCCCAUAACACAACCUGUACAGCCAACCCACGCGCCUACAAACGGCUUAGGUUUGUCUAUCCCUCAGUCUCACUCCCUCGGCUAUUCCCUCUCCGCUCUUACAAAUCCCGGCAACAUCGGCCCCGUCAGGCGAGCAUCACUUCCAAAUUUCCAAACACGUCGCUCAAAUCAGUCACUACGUCAAUCUGCAUCCAAGUCUAAACUCCCAACUUGCACAGAAGAAUCUCCAAACUCGCCAUUCCCCCUUUCACCUACAGAAGCACCUCUUUCUACGCAUGGAUUAGUACUCCACACUGCAGACGCUCAACUUAACUCGAGCGACCCUUCCAGUCCAACGACCAACACGACUCCAUCACAAAUGGAAAAUCAGCAACAGCACAAUAUUUUUCAAUCAUCUUCUUCAAAUUCUCUCUCCCAUGCUCUAGCGACUUCAGACACUUUCUGGAGAGAAUCUUCUUCCUACUUUGACGAUCAAUCUGAUGCCGAUCGUCGACAAUCUGUUAUGUCGAGUAACUUCGAUAACAGCAGCUUGUUCGAUAACUGCAGGAGGGACUCUGAGGUAUCUACAAGCGCAACAACGACUUAUGGUGGUAUGGUACCGUAUGAUAUGUAUAGCGGCUACAAUGAUCAAGUUAGAAGAUCAUCAUGCGCAUCCGAUUUCAUCCACACUUUCGAAGAUUUCGGUGUCAGUGGAGGCGCUCAAAAUGGUAACGAUUUUAGCAACAGCAAUGACUUUAGUGUCGGUGUUGGAAGUGGUUCACAUGGUAAUAACUUAGUCAACGCUCAUACUCAUCCCCAUACGCACGACUUUGGCCAUAGCGCUAUCACUGACUUUGUUGAUUACACACUCGAUCCUAAAGAGGCAAAUGAGGUAGACAGCUACGUUCAUUGCUAG